CAAUUAAAAGCGUGAGUGUCCGCUGAUACGAUGUCGGGCGUCGGUCAAAGUUUCAGGCUCUUCGUCUCUGUGUAUGCUGCAUCUGAUGGCACACCGCUUUAUUUCAAAGUGGAUGGAACUAGAUUCAAAGAGCAACGCACAAUCAAAGCUUGCUGCGGCGUUCAGUACAAAAUCAAGAUUGUCAUCCGGCCAGUAGUUGGACUGUUAAAAGAUGUUGUUGUGGGUGGCGAUGACUUAGGAAUCAAGCAGACUCAUCAUGCAGGACAAUCUUCUACCUUUGAGUGUCUCUGGACAAGUAGUGGCUACCAGCCGACAAAGAGUGGACAGCGAACAAAAGUGCCUUUGCUUAUCUACAUUGACGGUGUGGGCAAAAUGGAAGCUUUUCUUCAAUUCAAAUUCUACCAACCCAGUGAUAAAACACACAGUCAGUGGGGAGAUCCAAUUAGACAGCUGGAGUUUGAGUGCCAAUCUCCUAGUGGUGGGUCAGGAAUUAUUGAUGUUGUCAGGAUGACUGUCAGGUAGUUUACAACAAGGUUAUGACUCCAAAUUUAUCAGAUGCCAU